GUUGGGGCUUGCUGUACCUUUGUCUUACGUUAUGGGCAUGGCCACCGUGCAUUAAACCUGCAGAAGUCCAUUCUGAGUCACUGUGCUAACAGGCUGUUCAGAGAACCCCUGAGUGACAAAGGAUGACAUGAUAAGCAUGCAUGAUAGCACUGCAGCUAGAGGCACUGAAGCAUGGAUCAGCCCAUCAGAACUACAUCUCCCGUUUCUGCUGGUGCCAGCUGGCCUUCUGUCUCUUCCUGGGGCAAGCUGAACAAGGCAGCUUCUGUCAAAGGGAAGAGUGUCUCUGUGGUGAAAGAAUCCCCCUGUGUCUGCAGCAGUCAAGGAAAAAGGUCCUCGAGGAACUAUGGGGAGCAAGAAGAAAAUCAGUGUUCCAGCGAAGUUAAUUAAUGGAGGUGUGGCCGGGCUAGUGGGAGUGAGCUGCGUCUUCCCAAUUGAUCUGGCGAAAACCCGUCUUCAAAACCAGCAGGGACAAGGAGUCUAUACUGGAAUGCGGGAUUGCUUGGUGAAGACUCUGCGUUCAGAGGGAUUCUUCGGCAUGUACCGAGGGGCCGCGGUGAACCUGACACUGGUCACGCCAGAGAAAGCAAUCAAGCUGGCAGCCAAUGACUUUUUUCGACAGCUGCUGUCACAGGACAGCAGGAAGGAGUUGACGCUGGUGAGGGAGAUGCUAGCUGGCUGUGGAGCUGGGGCCUGCCAAGUGGUGGUCACCUCCCCCAUGGAGAUGCUGAAAAUUCAGCUUCAGGAUGCUGGACGACUGGCUGUUCAUCAGCAAAAGGUUUUGGGACCAGAUGGGCCAACGGCUCCCUUCUCCCAGCCGCCUCAGGACAGGCCUUACACCACUGGCACAGCCUCAGCAUUAAGGCGCCCCUCAGCCACCGUGAUCGCCAGAGAUCUUCUGAAAACUCAAGGGCUAGUGGGACUGUACAAGGGAUUGGGAGUCACCCUGCUCAGGGAUGUGCCUUUUUCCAUUAUCUAUUUCCCACUGUUUGCCAACAUCAACAAACUGGGACAGAGGCACUCUGAGAAGGCACCCUUCUUCCAUUCAUUCGUGUCUGGCUGUGUGGCGGGAUCCGUGGCUGCAGUAGCAGUGACCCCUCUGGAUGUUCUAAAAACCCGAAUUCAAACUCUAAAGAAAGGCCUUGGAGAGGACACCUACAAUGGAAUCAUUGACUGUGCCAGGAAGAUCUGGACACAUGAGGGCCCUGCUGCCUUCAUGAAGGGGGCAGGCUGUCGGGCCCUGGUUAUAGCACCCCUCUUUGGCAUAGCCCAGGGUGUCUAUUUUAUUGGCAUUGGUGAAUAUAUCUUGGGAUAUUUCCACUAGAACUUGUUCUGGCUAAAUCAGGCCUGGCUGAAGGUCGCACAAGUUUACUCCCCACUUCUGCAAAACUGGAUUUGCCAGAAAUGGACAGGACCAUCUUGUAAUCAUUUCUCUUAUGGAUUGCACCACCACCUUCAGCUUUCUCUGCCCAUGAGCAGGGGCCAAUACUGGAUGUCAGAUAUAUUAUGGCUUAAAUUUCCUGCUACUUUCAUACAUCCACUUGAUGUUCUGUUUGCUACAGCUAGCCCCUGCACAUUUAAACAUAGGGAAGAAUGAUUUAUGUAUCCUUACUUGUUUUCCCCAGGAUAGUAUAACACAAUACCUUGUCCUUUGUGUGUGUAAGUAGAGAUUCAUUGUUUUCUUAUAGAGUUGAUCUCAAGGAUUGUUUGAGGUCAGAGGGUCCUGUAUGACCAAAGAGGCCUAGAUAGAACUCAGCUCCCUAAUGACCAGUUUGCCCAUAUAUGAUCUGCAAUCUCUUGUCCAGUAUCCAUCUCACUUUGUUUUUAAAUGCAUCACUGUUUGCUUUACUUGAGAGUCUAGACUUGCUGUUCCUUACCCUAGUUGUAGAGAAGGUAAAAUCUGGACUGAGUGUUUCAAGACUGCAGUGGCUGUUCCAUCAAAUAGCCCAAGAGGGUUCAAACUCACAUGUUCCAGCAAGCAGUGUCUGAAUGUAAACAGAUGACUCACAGAAGUUAGAACACAAAGAUGUAAAUGUGAAACAGUUUUGUUCCUUCUGUGCAGGGUCAGAAUGCAGUGGGGGGAGGGAGCGGUGGGGGGGAAGAAGGCAGCAAAACUAGAAAAAAUUAAGGCUUAGGUGUACAGUAGUUACAAUUACAUAGAAAUAAAGACUAAUACAAAUCAAAUGUCAAUUUUAUACCAAAGCCUUAGUAGUGCAAAAACACUAUGUGCCAGCUGAAGGCAUCCAGCAGCUGGGCGUGUCAAAGCCAUUUCUGGACUAGUUCUUGCAAAUCUCAAAACUGUGAUAAGCAUCCUUACAAAAAUUGCUGAAGGUUAGUGUUCUGGUGCAGGGCCUGCACGGGGGAACUGUACUAUAAUGGGAGCAUUUCCUUUGGAAAUGGAGGUACAAGGCAAGGUAGAAAGAAAAGACACUAGAAUCCUGGGUUAAGUAUUUUUCAGGAUUCAGAACUGCAGGGUUUUUUUCAUUAUUUGAUCUGCAAUUUGUGUAGAGGAGUGAGGCUCAAACCUUUUUUGUACACCCUUUGUAAAGCAAGAGAAUAACCUGUAGUCCUGCCUCUGAGCCUGGGAGAUGAAGGAUAACACUAUUUUAUAACUGUAUCCCUGCAGCCUGCUAAGGAGCAUAUUCAUGAUGGCACACUAGGAAAGCCUUACUCCCACUGUGUGAAAGCAGGGAGGGUUGGCUGAGUUUCAUUUACAGGAUUAAACAGGGCUAGGAGUCAGGAAGUGUGUGUACUAAGCAUCGCUUAGUUCCACUUACAUUGUGGAACUGGGCAAGUCACCUAUAGUUCACCCCCACAAUCUGUACCCUAGGGAUAAUAAACAUCUCAGGGAUAUUCAGUUAGUUUUUGUCACUGCCACAUAGAUGAUGCAGGGAGGAUAGCUAUAUUACUGUAAAUCAAAGCUGCACAAUGCUAGCAGCAGGAGCGACUUGGGGUAGCAGCAGCUGCUUUUCUAGCUAGGUUAUUUGAGACCAGACCAGCCAAGUGCUGAAGUGUAGCUGCUUAAAGAGUAAAGUUUUUAACCUCCAACUGUGGAGGAAGGCAGGAGUAUAUCUGGCAGAAGAGGCUGAUGCUUUUACAGCUCAUAAGCCAUCCUUAACAGCUGUCUCACUCUAAUUCUGUCCCUGUCCAAUGCCAGAAGGGGAGCUACUGCCUCACUUCUAGGAAGGGAAGGAAUGAGGCUAGUCCUAGAUUUCCUUAUUCAGAAUAUUAGCUUUAAUGUGAACAGUGCUAAUAUACUGACAGAACUUUUCCAUCAGUUCAGCUUGCAGCAAAGUCAAUGCUCUGAGACUCAGAUUUUUAUCUUAAGAGUACGAAGAGCCAAUCAAAACCAAAUGUUAGUAAAUAGUAAUAUACAUACACACCUCCUGCUCUUCCUGGCCAGAGCAGUUAUUCUGUGCACAUGACCUCUCUGCUUCUUCUGGGAAAGCAAGUUCACAAACUCUAGUCUAAUGAGCUCAUUUGUUUACUCUGUCCAAGCUCUACUUAUAGAACAUGGAGGC